AAACUCGUCGGCUAUUUUCCAAUUCCGUGACGUUCUCGUCGGGCGUCGUUACGAGCUCUUACAAUAUACUAUUAAGAAAUAUUUUAAUUAAAUAUAUUAUACUUUUCCCUUAUUUCUAUUAUUUGUUUUUUGUAUAAAUUGACUUUUCGACCGGCAAACAGUGCCGCCCCCGCUCGAUCGUCGGGCAGGGUCUCGGGCGAUGAGUAAUACCGUACGUCGUGCUGAGUGACGUCGCCCGUGCAGACGGCCGGCGAGCGGCGCGCAGACCUCUUACCUCAGUUCACCGCGGCCCGACUCGGCGAGGAGGCGCACCCGAGCCUCCGCACCGCCGCACCGCCCCAGGCGAGCGCACCGCACCCUCUAUCGAUCACCUCUAGUCUCUGCCCUACAGCACCGCUCGCCAUGGACGGCUCGGACAAGCUGAUCGCCGGGCUCGCGAGCGGCGACGGCGCCCCCGCCGCGCCGCUCAAGCGCGAGCAGGACUCCACCGACGACUUCGAGCACCUGGAGCGCGACGGGCGGCGCGAGGAGCCCGAGGCGCCGCCCGCGCCCGCUGCCGCGCGCGCCUCCACGCAGAGCUUCCUGGAUAUGGAGCGCGACGAGUUCGUGGACCAGCCGCGCGCGCCCUCCGCCGCCGACGCGCCGCUGGCCGACAGGUUCACCGACAGCGAGUCGGACGCCGACCCGGCCGGCGAGUCGCCGCUGCACCGCCCCGACCCCACGCCGGCGCUGGCUCCGACGCCCGCGCCGCUCGCCGCGCCCGCUCCGCCCGCCGCGGCCGCGCCCGCGCCCGCCUCCGCGCCGCCCGCGCCUUCCGAGCCCGAACCGGUGCCGGUGCCGAAGACGCAGCCCGCGGCGCCCCCUAAGCCCGCGACUCCCGACCCGGAGCCGGUCGCGCCGCCCACGCCAGAGCCGGUGCGAGCGAAGCCCGAGCCGCCGGCGGAGCCCGCAGCGAAGCCGCCGCGCGCUCCCAUCGCCCACGUGAUCGAGGCCGAGGUCAUCUUCUGCCAGAUGGGACUGGAUGCUUGGUUCGACCCGCAGAGGCUACACCCCGAAGUGGAGUCGCUGAUCUACUGGCGGUCGGCGGCGCGGUCGGGCGCGGCGCUGGGCGCGGGCCUGGCGCUGCUGGUGGCGCUGGCGUGCUGCUCCGUGGUGUCGGUGCUGGCCUACAGCUCGCUGCUGGCGCUCACGGCCGCCGUCGCCUUCCGCGUCUACAAGAACGUGCUGCAGGCCGUGCAGAAGACCAACGAGGGACACCCCUUCAAAUGGCUGCUGGAGCAGGACGUGAGCGUGUCGGCCGAGCGCGCGCAGUCGCUGGCGGCCGCCGCCACCGCGCACCUCAACGCGGCGCUCGCUGAGCUGCGCAGACUGUUCCUGGUGGAGGACCUGGUGGACUCGCUCAAGUUCGGCGUGCUGCUGUGGUGUCUCACGUACGUGGGCGCCUGCUUCAACGGCAUCACGCUCAUCAUCCUCGCGUGGAUAGCGCUGUUCUCGCUGCCCAAGGCGUACGAGAUGAACAAGGCGCAGGUGGACGCCAACCUCGAGCUGGCGCGCUCCAAGAUUAACGAGAUCUCAGCUAAGGUGCGAGCGGCGGUGCCGCUGGGCAGGAAGGCGGAAGACAAAGACAAGUAGAGGCGGAGGCGCGGGGCGCGGGGCGCGGGGCGCGGGAGAGUUUCACUGUUUGUUAUAUUAUAUUUAUUGUGUCGUGCCUGCAGCGCACCACUACUUACUGUAAAGCUUUAUGGGACGAGUCAUGCGGAGAUUAUUAUUGUAUUUGCUUUUUUGAAAUUUUAAAUUAAAAUAACUGUCGACCGA